GGAACGGGACUCCAGCGAGCCAGAAGUCCCGCGCCAGCAGUGGUCCGGCCAAGUCGUCUCCCUGGAACCGCUCCUGUGAACUGGACCCGACUGGGGUUCCCACACGCGCCACCUCGCCGUAACCCCUCUUCACGGCGCCCCGCGAAACGCUACGCUCCUUUUUGUGUCUACGGAGAGGGGGUCAAACACACCGCGUGAGCCAGGGACAAUGGUGGUCGGAGGAACGUACGGGCUGUUCCUGGUAGGACUCGUGCUCUCGCGCGCGCUGGCGUUGCCCUACCCUCCUGUCAGUUCGACUGAGAGCGCGGACUAUGCUGGUGAUGAGGCAGUCGAUAUUUUUCUCCGUCAGACCAGGAAACACGCCAGGCCCAUGUUCUACAUAAACUGUGGCUAUCGUGACCUGUGCUACUGCUACAGCAAAGUCACAAGGCACCAUUACUGUUGCUCCUGUGACGUGGGCGCCUGUUUCCCCGCCUACGCCCGCGUCUCUACUCCCGGAGGCGCCCACACCUCCAUGGCUCGCCUCAGGACAGGAGAUAAGGUGCUAGCAGUUGACGAGUCAGGCCAUGUAGUGACGUCAACGAUCCUGGGAUUCAUGGACAGGCGACCAAAGGAAACAGCCCUCUACGUCACUCUACGCACGUCCAUUGGACGGAAUCUGACGCUCUCGCCCAAUCACGUACUUUUCAAGAGCUCGCCGAAUUCAAGCCAGCCAAUCAGCGUGUUUGGAUCAGAUAUCAACAUCGGCGACGUCAUUUAUUCGGCCAAUGAGACGGGACUUCAACGAACAGAGGUUGUGGGGAUUGACCACGACGUUACUAUAGGGGCGUACGUGCCUUUGACGAAGGAGGGGACGCUGGUGGUGGAUGGCACCUUCGUCUCCUGCUACGCCUCCUACCGGCACUCCCUGGCCCACUUCUUCAUGGCACCCGUCCGCUCCUUCCCACUCCUUUUGCGACCUCGCCCCGGCUUGCUCUUCUCCGUGGCCGCCUUUGUCAGGGACUCUGCCGUCGACGUGAUGGGCAGCUUCCCCGACCUCCUAGACGCGCUUUCGGGAACCAGCAAGGGCGCGAACCUCCUAGGCUUCCCAACCUGGUCGUCGUCAGCAGCCACUUUGAAGCAGAACAGAAGCCUCGAUGGACUUCUCGUGGAGGAGGGAGAAGGGGAGUCGUACUACGUGAGCCUGGUGAAGCUGGUCGGCUGGACGGCCUUCCGCGGCGAGAGGGCCCCCGAGCAAGUCUUGCAGGUCAACCCACAGCCGGAAGCCGGUCUGCUGCAGGCCAUGAAGAUUCGAUCCAUGUUUUCCAGUCUCCCGUCGCUCUUAGGGGCCCUGGCCAAGUCCUGGUAACAGGCAGAAGCUCCUCGGAGGGUUCUGCAGUUCUGCCAGAGACGCUUCCCAUAAGAUGUCUACAACGUUUGCCCGCGAAAUAUAAGUUUUCUAUGAUAAUGUAAAGACUGUAAAC